AUGCCCAGCGUGAACGCCGUGGCGAACGGCCCCGCCGAGUCCCCGGGGGCGGUGGCUGCUCCCAAGAUCAAGACUUUCCCCUCCCCGUCCCCCGCGGCGGCCGCCACCAAGGGCCGCGGCCUCCGUCGCUGGCGGCGUAUCCGGCGGGACCAGGAACGGCCGAGGGACAGCACUGGCGGCGGGGGCGGGGCCGGGGGCGAGCGCGACGAGCAGCUCCACAAGCGCUGGCUGCCCCUCGCCGCCGCCGGCGCGCCCAAGGGGAAGCACGACGCGUCCGCCGCCUCCGAGAGCUCCACCGCCUCCGUCGAGUCCCGCCUCAUCCCUCCGCCGCCGGGCCCGGGUCCGGGCCUCGGCUUCUCCGUCGGCGCAGGCAACAGCGAGUACGGGAGCAGCAGAUCCUCCACGGCCGCGAGCGCGCCGCGCGUGCCGCGAGCGCGCUGCGACCACGCCUCGGUGGUGCUCUCCCCGCGUGAGCGGGAGCGGGACAGGCCGCGCCCCCGCGCCGCCGCUUCCAUUUCCACCGCGGCUGACUGCUCGCGGUCCAGCGUCGAGUCUGACCGCCGCAGCUCCAACGCCGUGAAGGCCCGGCAGCAGCUGGGUGCCACCGGCCUCAAUGGCGUUCGCAGGAUCUUCUCUGGUUGCUGUGGCCACGGUGACGAGGAGCAGCUGAGCCAGGAGGUCCGAUCUACGGGUCGCUGCAGAGGGAAUGGCAGUAGUGUGGUGGGCAGAUCGGUCCGGUCAAGUGCUGGUGAGGAGAGUGUUGGGAACGGUGGCAAUGGAAGGAUGUAUUGGGGUGCUGAUCCUUGCAAUGAGUCGAUUUUGGUACUUCACAGAGCACAGGAAGCGCUGGAGAAUGAGAUAGAAAAAAUCACGGCGAUAGGGAAAGAGCCAAGUGAUGAGUUUGAUGUCCAUGACGAUGAAUGGAGUGGGUCAGUCCAUGUCGAGGAACCUAAUGAAGACUUAAUGGUAAAAAAGAUAAAACAUCUUGAGUCCAGGUUGGAAGAAGCAUUAGCCUUGAUCAAGCAGAAGGCUUCAAGAAUAUAUGAACUUGAGGCAAUUCGCAGUCAAGUGCAACCAGGGAAAACCACUAUGUUGUCGCAGUGUCAACUUGAUCAACUCUACCAGGAGAGGAUGGAGUCAGAGAUUCAGUGCAUCAUCCUGACUAGAGCUUAUCAAGCCUCAGCAACUCUGGCUGAGGAUCAAAUGGCUCUAUACCAAACGCAAAAGUCUCUAUCUGAAGAUUACAAGCUGCUUGGACUUAAACUCCGACACACUGAAAGCAGAGCAAUGGCGUUAGAGGAGAUGGCAGAGAAGCUACAACUGCAGUGCAAAGAGCUGUCCAAUAGUUCAGAAGUGUUGCAGCUGCGAUAUAAGGCGAGUAGGGUUUCACUCUUUUGUUUUGUUCAGUUUUUACUGCUGUGUAUUGCUAUGGCAACCUAUCUUAUGCGGCUCUCACCCUCAUCUACCAAGGUUGUACCUACUUGA